AUGCUAAAUUCACUACAAUCUUUCCCUAUAUUUAUUUUUACACUUUUUUGCAUUGUACAUAGUGCUGUUGGGGAACCUAAAGUUACCAAGGCCCGUGCUUAUCUCUUUAAAGCUGUUCAGUCUCCCGAAUUAACUGCCCUUCAGCCUUUGGGAGUUGUCGAUUUUUGUGAUCUUGGGAAAGGAUUGAUGGCUAUAAACGGCACACUUAAAGGUCUCCCUCCAGGUCUACACGGCUUCCAUGUCCACCAAUUUGGUGAUUUAAGCCAGCUCUGUACAGGUGCAGGAUUGCACUUUAAUCCUCAUAAAAGACACCAUGGAGCGCCUCAGGAUUUGGAAAGACAUGGUAAUCAUUUUUGGAGUUGGACAUUUGGCUGGGUCUAAGAUGGGCUUCCUAUCUUGGAAAGCGCCUGUUUCGACCACGGAGAAAUAAGGGCAUAUAGGUGAAGUGUUUUCGGUGUUUUGGUAAAAGCAGAUUUUUCGAUGUUUCCGUGCUUCUGAGGUCUUAACCCUGAAAAAGCUGGCUCGGCUUUCCGAUCUAGAAAAUAG